AUGCCGCUCCUGUGGCCUCUGCUCCCCCUCUUCUGCUGGGCCAGUUGCUCCCCCAGCACGCUGGUGGCCCCGCUUCAUCUAAUGCCGCCACCACUGUCAGUCACGUGCACCAAGCCUGGGAACCACGUCUAUCAACGACAAGACCACCCUUUCCAGGUCUCAUGUCUUUGGGACAGAUAUGUGGCGUUGCGCUACUCAAAAGCCCCUGGGGGGAACCCCAAGGGCAGAGGGGCAGAGCCACCGGUGCCCCCUCUCUGCCACUGGUACCGGGAGUCCACCCUGGUCAACCACACUACUCGCUGGACAGGUCAGUUGAUGUUCGGCCCAGGCCUGCCGAGGGAAGGCCCCCAUCAUCCGCCUUGGGCCAGCACUCAGAUUACAGUGCAGUGCUCCUCAGCUUCAUGCUCGGCUCCCUUGUGCUUGUAUCGGAACUUGAGCAUUGCGGUGGUGGAGCAAGACAUCCAUCUCUUCCUGCUCUGGCCACACACGCUUCCCGUUUUGGAAAGGCAGCCGGUGCGCUUGGGCUGGUGUGCACGCCUCAAGAGUUCGACCUGGCACUACCACUUCAAGAGCCAAGGGGGUCAUCCCGAGGACCUCCUCAUUCCCACCAACCAGCACAGUGAGCUCCCACCACUGACUGCCUACCCCAGGGCAGAACUGCGCCAGGUCUGCAUGUCUUACUACAGCUACCACUUGACCGUGCAGUACCCCCACCGUGGAUCCUACACCGCUUCCGUCAGCGUGGAGCCCGGACCCCAGAUCAGCCUCAGCCUGGACUUCUUUGUGGAGCCGGCCCUGCUCUUUGUUUUUAGGGUAACUUCCCAUCUGCAGAGACACCCACAAGGGACCCUGAGCCUCUCCUGGAACCUGCAGCAGCUCAGCCGAGAAAUAGUAGCUUACCAACUCUUGGACAUGCAGGGGUCCCUGGAGGGGUCUCACUCCUACGAUUACAACCCGUUUGGUCUGCACAGCCAUUUCUGUGCUGCGCCCACAUCACGCCGGGCCACGGAAACAGUUGUGGCCAGCAUGUACUUCCAUACCAGCAAGAGGGUGUCAGGGAGCGUGAGAGGAAGCCUCGAUUACUCAAACGGGACCUUAAUUUUCAGGACAAGCAGGUCAACCUCGGUAUCCAUCAGGCUCAACCCACAGAAAAACAUGAUUAGCACUUAUAUUUUCAGCCGUGCCCAGGGCCUCUACUAUUCCAGCCGAAAAGGCAGUGGGACCAAUGACCCUGCUGGCAACUCCAGCCUCUGCUAUGUCCUUUACCAGCAAGCGGGCCUCUCCUAUCUGAUUACGGUUAAAUUCACGCAGCUGCAGUUUUUUAGAUUCAGCCUGGAUAUCUAUCUGAAUCGGAAAGAGGCUCUGUUCAAAACUCUAGGGGAAAACGAGAUGGAAGUGUAUGUUUUCAACAACACUUCCCCUGAUAAUAGCUUGGUCUACGUUGUAUGGUUCAUACCUGCGCAGCAUCCUCUUCUACAGUGUGAGUGGACCUUCAAGUUGCAGGUUUUUGAUUCGAUAGGCAGAAAUCUGGUAAAGAACUAUAGUUUUGCCUACGCUGAUCAGAUCCGAAACGCAGCUCAUUUCAUUCCUGACUCUGCCUUAGCUUUCAAUUCUGCCUCGUAUGCGGGCUUUGUAGCCAAAGUGAAAUGCACAGAGAGCGCAAGAGUUCCUAUGGUAUUCACAGCAACGUUUAAUAUUUAUGCCUCAAAAGUCAUAGAAUCCCAAAUUGCCUGCCAGCAAAAACCUUGCACCAUUCCUGAAGUUAGGAUCCACCGGGCUGUUCAUACCAAGCACAUCCUGUAUUACGCGCAGGGGACUGAAUUUACUCUAGCAGCAGACAUGCAGGUCAACUGUCCAGGAGCCAAAGCAACCAACGUCACUUGGAACAUCUACAAAGUCUCCCAUCUGUCGGAAACACCAGACUGGUCAAAGCCUCUUAACCCACCUGGUGUUGAGGGAAGAAACUUUGUCAUAUUAAAAGUCCCCAGUUCAAGUCUUGAGACUGGCCUGUACCUUUUUAAUUUCACUCUGCAAUUAAUUUCAUUCACCCUCCCCAAGAAGACAGAGCGCUCUGACGCCGUGCUCGUGGAGAUUGGGUCGGAUCGAUGGAGGGCCGUCAUCGCUGGAGGCCAGUUCCGGACCGUUGGGUUUUCUGACCGGUGGAUUCUGAGAGGAUCUGUCCUGUCCAACGGCGAGGUGGUCAGUCUGUCUCAGGGACUGUCCUAUACUUGGUAUUGCACCAAGCGAAAAACAGACUAUGAAUCAAUGACUCUCAGCAGAGAUGGGAAAUGCCAUCCAGAUCAAGCUGACCUGAAGUGGACCACAUCCUCCGAUGCCGUUCAGACGGUGCUUCCCCAAACUCUUCAAGCAAAUGACACAUACCAUUUUCUCCUGGUGGCUCAGAAUGCUAGCAGGAUAGCUGAGGCUCACCAAACCGUACACGUGCAUGUUCACGGUGGCCUGAUUCUGAAUAUUGCAUGCAUUGAAAAUUGCGGAACUUCAGUAAUUCCAACAGAAAGAUUUUGUCUGUCUGGUAAAUGUGCGAACUGCAGGGAAAUUAAGUCCUUGUAUUACUGGUCACUGCGCUCAGCCCAGUCCAAUGAAAUCAAAUUUGACUGGUCUUCCAAGACAGCUACUGGAAGAUCCAACUCCUAUCUACAUCUCAAGGCGUUUGCUCUGGUCUCCAUGGCGGAACAGCCCUAUAUUUUGAGCCUAAAAGUCAUAACGAAAGAUGGACGGUCAUCUAUCUGUGAAUAUUCUUUUUAUGUUAAUGCUCCACCCCAGACAGGGAAGUGUGUCCUUAAUCCAAGGAUAGGUACAGCUUUUCUAACAAAAUUCAUUAUCCAGUGCAGCGGAUUUGAAGACAAAAAUGAGCCUCUUUCCUAUAAAGUAAUAGCAGCAUCAGAUCAAAUUAGAAUUAGUUCCAUAUCCUCAAUUCAGAAUAACACUUUGGGGAUAAUCAUCUAUGCUGGACAUGAAUCCCAAACUCCCUGGACUUUUCUCCCCCCUGGUAGACCAUCCCAGAACUCUGCUUUGACUAUCUACGUUGAAGUUUAUGAUGCACUUGGCUCAUCUUCUCAAGUCACUUUGCAAGCCACGGUCCUUGAUCAAAGAAUGCAGAAGACUGAUGCUGUCCCCCAUCAUGAACUGCAUGAUUUGAUCCAUGGAUCAAGCGCCCCUAUGACCGCGUUGCUGAUCACCAAGGAUUACUUGAGGAUAGGCUACGUUGUAUACAUGGUGGCCUCGGCCUUAAACAAUAUUGAAGCUUCCCCAUCCAGUCAGGUCCCUAAAGCAGAUUUGCGUCAACGCCUCCUCGAUAUAACCGCAGGGAUUCCUAGCACUAAUAUCGGGGAAAUCAAUCAGGUGAUUCUAAGUAUUGGCCAAGCAACGCUUGAAAUCGCUGAAGUCAACAGGGUAUCGCAGCUGCUUGCAGUCAGAAAACUGAAAAAAGUCGGCGAAGCUCUGAAAAAACACAGGGAGCAAGGUUUAGGUUCAAAGGAAACUGAGAUUCUUAGCCACGGGAUUCUCACGGGGUUAUCCAAUAUCUUGAGUGCUUCUCUCUUGAAUCACAAAAAUCCUCAUGUGGAUGCCGUUAAAGAAGCCAUUUCUGUAACGGAAAUAUUAGCGGAUCUCGUUUUACACGGCAAAGUCCCUGGUGGGCAUGAAACUAACAUGGCCGCCGAAAACUGGACCAUCCGCCUAUGGAAAGAUGAAAAAUGGGACGUUUCAGAAACUUUCGCAAACCGAAAACAAUGCAGGAACUGCUUUUAUCCAAAACUGAAGCAGGGCUCUCGUGUGGAAUUGGAAGUCGAUAGUGUCGUUUCCACCGUUCUCUAUGAAUUUGCGCAGAAUCCUUUUCCUUGGUUGCAUUUUACUGGCAACAUUGGCACAAUGGUGACGGGAUUCAAAAUGCUGGGGACCGAUUCUAAAGGGGAGGUAGCCAGCAUUGUUCCUGAUGUGGUUGAAAUGCUCUUAGUCAGAAAAGACGAGGCCAUCUUUGACUUGACUGUAGGGCCAGAUAAAAAACUUCCUAAAACAACGGGUGGCUUUAACUUGGAAAUUAAAAGAAGCUCCAAUGACAUUUUUGUCCAACUUGUGCCCAAAAUUAAAAUUACUUUCCAGGUAUUGAUCUACCUAGGCGUCAAUUUUAGCCAUUCUCCCUUAGUUUCAUAUAAUGCUUCUCAUUUCAGUCCUCCAGCGCUCAUGAAAAGGGAUGCAGCUAUAACUGAAUGUGCCGUCAAGGUUCCAUAUGUCCUUUGCCUUCCAAAGUCAUUGCUUUGGUCCCAUGCCCAUCACAGUGGAGCGGACACACUUAACAUUUCUGUUGUCUUACAGUCACACCCAGUCGUGAGAGACCGAACUGCAAAGCUGGUCCGCGUUGCUGUUUUUGCAGCAGGCUGUUUGGAUCUAGAAGGCGUGCAGGACCAGUGGAAAGAAGAAACAUGCAGCCUUGGCCCUCAAACCAGCUGGUCCAAAAUCCACUGUGUCUGCAAGGCAAAAAAACGGAGCCCAAAGUCAACUGGAUCCAAUUCAGCAGGGACCUCCAGACCCGGAAUCCGAUUUGUGGCCGGCAAGGUACUUUUAUUUCCCAAACAACUUGAUAUGAACAUGCUCCUUUUAGCGCCGACGGGGAAGAACCCUGUCCCAGGGUUGACUGUCUUCGCCAUCUUCCUAAUCUACAUUUCCCUGGCCGUCUGGGUGAGAAGAAAAGAUAGGGCUAGCGUGGAAGAGCAGGUUAUAGAUUUGCCAGAUAACGACCCCUUUCACACAAUGAGAUACCUUCUGACCAUCUACACCGGGAGCCGUCCAAGCGCAGGGACCAAAGCCGACGUGUUCGUUGAGCUCAUUGGCCAGAACGGGUCGAGUGACGUGCAUCACUUAAACCAUCCAGCAUUUCCAAAGAUCCUUCAGAGCAGAUGCAUUGACACUUUCCUGCUAACUACCAAGGAAGACUUGGGAGACCUCUUCUCUAUCCACAUCUGGCACGAUUACGGUGGCUUCGGUCCUAAUUGGUACUUGAGCCGAAUCAAAGUCCAAAACAUAGACACAAACAAGUCGUGGCUAUUUCUGUGCAGGAAGUGGUUGGCUCUAGGCAGGAAUAACUACCAAAUAGAAUGGACUUUUGAGGUCACUGAUCCACAAGUCCCCAUAAGCAGAGCUGAUUAUUUUUUUAUAAUGCUUAGCUAUGGCUUGUUCAAAGACCACCUCUGGUUCUCUAUCUUUGUUCACAGAAUUGACAGCUCUCUGAACAGAUUUCAGCGGCUCUCCUGCUGCUUGGCAAUACUUUUGACUUCCCUGUUGCUCAACACUAUAAUCUUCAGCACUAAGAAAGAAGAACAUCUUUAUUUCCUAGAACUGCAGUAUUGGGAAUCCAUAAAAAUUGGCAUUCUUGGUGCUUUUUUUUCCAUUCCUAUGGAAUGGAUUGCAGUGACCUUGUUUAAAUGCUCCAUGAAGGAGCCUUCCGAGCGUUACAUCGCUCAGGGCCGGGGGAAAGAAAGUUCCCCUUGCUUGGCUGAAGACCUUCAUAAAGAAGGCACUCACCUUUCAGAGACGAAGUCACAGCAAUUUCCAGCCACAGAUAAUAAUUUCAGUAAUAAUUAUGCAGCAGAAGAGAAAGCAACUUUGGGGAAAGCCCAGAAAUUGCAAUGGUGCAGAUAUUUGGCCUGUAGCACAUGGUUCUUUGUCUUCUUCGUAUCUGGGGUAUCGUCAUUUUUCAUCACAUUCAUCGGCCUGACUUACAGUAACAAAACGUCCUCUGAAUGGUUAAUUGCUUCUCUGACAUCGUUCUGUCUCCACAUGAGCUUCUUUGAGAGCUUACAAAUCAUUAUUUUCUCAGGCUGGAAUAUCUGCUUGACAAAAUACUGUGAAAACAUCCCCUGGCAAAGCUAUCAAGAUAUUAAGUACAAAAGAACAAUGAGGGAAGCCGAUGAGAUGCGGAAGUUGCAUGAUGACCUUGUUCAACUUAGAGCUUCCAAGAAAUACCAGCCGAUGAAAAAGGAAGAAGUUAGAGCCCUGCAAAAGAAGCAGAUGGUUCAGUAUCUAUCUUACAAAAUCGUAAAGGACAUGUUGUGCCAUUUUAUCUUCUUAACCUUAAUUUUAACAAUUUCGCACCCAAUAGACAUUACCAGAUCCUUUCACUACAAUCGAGACAUGCAUAGAAGGUUUUCUACUGAUUUACCCAUCGUGGAUAGAAUAGAGGAUAUUUACAGCUGGGUGAACAACAGCUUUCUGCCGCUCAUUCACAAUGUCUAUCACCCAAGCUACCUUGUAAACUCCUGGUCCAAAGUCCUGGGGUUGCCCAGAAUGAGGCAAAUAAGAAGUGGACCUUCUGAUGUGGAAUGCUUACUUCCCCGUGACUUGAAAAAUACAUUUGUGAUGCAUCAUGUUCACUGCAGGAAGAAAUAUGGGCUUGACCCAGAAGACCGAGCCAACUACCUGGGAUCCUGGGCAGUUCCUACCAACACCUCAGUUCCUGGGCACACUGCGGAGUUCCUAGGCUUCAGUUAUGAGCCAAGUACGACCCAGUGGGAGUACCUCUCCUAUGGAGAAUUAAAUAAAUACCCUUCCAGGGGAUACACUUUUUAUUUUUUCCCCAAAGAACCCCAAGUGAAUUCAACAAAAAGGUUGGAAGCUUUGGAAACGAACAGCUGGAUUGACAACCAGACAUGGGCCGUGAUUUUCGAAUUAACAACAUUCAACGUUGAUGCCAAUAUGUUCUGUAGCGUUUCCGUCAUCUUUGAAUUCUCUUUACUGGGCCCUGUAAAUACUAGUGUCUCCGUGCAUUCUUACCAGCUCCCCUUUUUCACCCAUCAAAGCACAAGCGAGAUUUUCUUCUUUUGUCUCACUGUGUACAUGCUCAUAAUUUAUAUCGUCGACGAAUGCCGCAUGGUGCACCAGGAACGACUAAGCUACUUUACCACUGCCACCAACCUGAUCAACCUUGGGAUAAAGUCAGUCUGUGUGCUGUUUUUGGUGGUGUUUGCGUGCAAAUUCAAGCUUUCCUCUGACUUAGUGCAGUUUUACUUACUUCACCCCCAAGAGUUUAUUCCAUUCCAUGCGGCUUCCCAGUUUGACCAGAUGGUCAGAGACGUACUGGGAAUUUUGAUUUUCUUCCUGGUCCUGAAAACAUACCGCUAUCUCAGAUUUCUGUUUGAUAUACGCCUAGCCCAAAAAUCCCUGCAGACAGCCCUCCCUGGAAUAAUCAAUAUAUUCGUCAUGGGUGGCAUAUUUUUUUAUGGAUAUACGUUCCUCGGAUAUGUGGCCUUUGGCCAACACGAGUGGAACUUCCGCACCCUGCUUUAUUCCUUCACGACAGUGUUGUCGUAUUGCGCUGUGGCAUUUAGGAACACUGAGUUUAGGUCGGACAAAUUGCUGGGGGGGAUUUUUUUAGGGACCUUUAUGGUGGUGAUGAUCUGUGUUUUUGUCAAUUUAAGUCAAGUCAUUCUCAUGUCGGCUCACUCGGACAUGAAGGAAAUUGUUUACAAUGAGCCUUCGAAUGAAGCUGAGGUCAUGUAUUUUAUCCUCCAGAAGAUCUACAGAAUGUGGUAUUUUGCCCACACUGGUACUUAUACAAACACAGACACUGACAUUUUUAACUCUGUCCUGUAUGGGAAAUAUAAGAAGCGCAGAAGACGACCCUUGAGAAAACACUUGGAAAGAAAUCAAAGGCUUUAUCUUGUUGUUUGA